AUGAUAAUAAUGUAUGUGUCUUGGCAUGGCAGUGCGGGCGGGGACAGCCGCGCGUUCCCGAGCGGCGAGCGCGUGUCGGCGAGCGGCGUGGCGGCGCUGGCGCUGCGCUCGCUGCGCGCGCCCCGCCGCCUGCGCGCGCGCCUCGCGCUCUGCCGGCUGCCGCGGGCUCUAUCUGAGAAGAAGGCUUGUUUGAAGGAUGUGAAAGAACACUUAGUGUCUAUUAUUGGCAGAAAUUUGAAAUACUGGCGUGAGUCCAGUAAUGAGAUGCUCAGAGAUUUACUGUACAAAAGAUUGCAACAUUUACACCAAGUGUCCCUGCAUCUCCAUCUCAUUCAUAUAACUGAUCUCAGAGAAACCAGCUGCAAACAGAAGCUUUUACUACAAUCCCUGGAAAAUAUGUCCAAACAUUGGGAUAUCGACGUGUCGUUUUUAAGAAAAAGUACCAUUCCGCCAGAAACUAUGAGA